CCCGCAGAUCUCAAAACACACCACGACGGCUAGGAGGAGGAGGAGGAGGAGGAGUACGGCACUCACACACUCUCUCUCUCACACACACACACCUCCACACACACACACACACACACGUUCACACACACGUAACGGAGCACGAGCCCCAAAAAGCAGAAUAACAAGAAGAAGAAGGGGAAAAAAAUAAACAACAACAACAAAACUUGAGGCGAACUCGGGCUCGGAGGUCACUUCCACUUUCGCUCUGGAAACUAACUGCUGGACUUUUAUUUUUGAAUUUUUCUUUUUUCCCUUCUUCUCUUCCCUCUCGAAUUUGAUGCUUGUGCUUAACGGGGAGGACGCGCGGAUGCGCACGACGCACAAAUAACCCGCUUUGCCUUUUUUUCUCGCCGUUUUUUGCUCUUUUUUCUUCUCCAAAGUUGGCUCCCGUGCCCGCGGCCGCGUUGGAUCCGUCGGCGUACUGCGAGCCCCCUCCGGUGUACAACCCGGAGCUGUGCCCCAACAUGUUGGCGGCGCAGGCCAAGCUCGCGUACCACCUGAACAAGUACUACACGGAGAAGUGCCAGGCGCGCAAGGCGGCCGUGGCCAAGACCAUCCGGGACGUGUGCAAGGUGGUGUCGGACGUGCUGAAGGAGGUGGAGGUGCAGGAGCCGCGCUUCAUCAGCUCCCUCAACGAGCUGGACAACCGCUAUGAGGGCCUCGAGGUGGUCUCGCCCACCGAGUUCGAGGUGGUGCUCUACCUCAACCAGAUGGGCGUCUUCAACUUCGUGGACGACGGCUCGCUGCCCGGCUGCGCUGUGCUGAAGCUGAGCGACGGCAGGAAGCGCAGCAUGUCUCUGUGGGUCGAGUUCAUCACGGCUUCGGGCUACCUGUCGGCACGCAAGAUCCGCUCGCGCUUCCAGACGCUCGUGGCGCAGGCCGUGGACAAGUGCAGCUACAGGGACGUGGUCAAGAUGGUGGCGGACACCAGCGAGGUCAAGCUGAGGAUCAGGGACCGCUACGUGGUCCAGAUCACGCCCGCCUUCAAGUGCACGGGCAUCUGGCCGCGCAGCGCGGCGCACUGGCCGCUGCCGCACAUCCCGUGGCCGGGCCCCAACCGCGUGGCCGAGGUCAAGGCCGAGGGCUUCAACCUGCUCUCCAAGGAGUGCUACUCGCUGAACGGCAAGCAGAGCUCGGCGGAGAGCGACGCCUGGGUGCUGCAGUUCGCCGAGGCCGAGAACAGGCUGCUGCUGGGCGGCUGCAGGAAGAAGUGCUUGUCGGUGCUGAAGACGCUGCGCGACCGGCACCUGGAGCUGCCCGGCCAGCCGCUCAACAACUACCACAUGAAGACGCUGCUGUCGUACGAGUGCGAGAAGCACCCGCGCGAGAGCGACUGGGACGAGAACUGCCUGGGCGACCGGCUCAACGGCAUCCUCCUGCAGCUCAUCUCGUGCCUGCAGUGCCGCCGCUGCCCGCACUACUUCCUGCCCAACCUGGACCUUUUCCAAGGCAAGCCGCACUCGGCGCUGGAGAACGCGGCCAAGCAGACGUGGAGGCUGGCCAGGGAGAUACUGACCAACCCCAAAAGCCUGGAGAAGCUCUGAGGUUGACAAAGAACGAGAGGACAGAACAAAAUAUGAAAGAAAGAAAGUACAUUCUGAUGUGACUUUGGAGACUGGAGAAGGAAAUAUUGACCAACACUAACAAGCCUGGACAACACCUGAGGUAAAAAAAAAAACACCACAAAAAUGUUAAAGACUUGGCGAAUUGGCGAGGGAAGUAUUGACCAACCUUAGAGAGAAAAAAAAGAAAUGUAAAAAUAAGAAUUUGAUGUGAAAGACGUGGAAGCUGGCGAGGGAAACACUGACCACCUCUAAACCCCCGGAAAUCUGAGGUAAUUAAAGAAAACGAAGUAAAGCCUUUCUGUAAGAGUUUAGAUGUGAAGUGGAGAGAGCUGAGAGUAGGACCAGGUCUGAUGGAGGCUCUGUGAGGCCUGUGGGCAAUACAAAGCUGCCUGGACUGAAGAAAAAAUUCCUGCUGGUCAAUUUCUGUCCAAUGUCUUGUUGUAAAGAAAAAUCCGUCUAUUUUUCCUUUUUUUUUAAAAAAAAACAAUUCGUGUCAAGUUGUGAUCGUUUUUUUAUUUUGUGAGCAAAAACUCUACAAUCAGAAUCGAGUGGUUAUUUAUCCGUGUUUUAUCUUUUUAUUUAACGAGCCGUGCCCACCAUUAAGAUGAUUAAGUUUAAGAUUAAGAUUUUUUUGAAUUAUUAUUUUUUUACAUUCUCCAAACGCAGACCAGUGCUCCCCCAUGAAUGACCAGCCUUGGCAACCUGACAACUCUGUACAUUUUUAUACUGUAAAUACACACAUUUGUAGCUCGUGAUUCCGGUGGUCUGAACAUUUGUGAAUGUUGUUUCUGUGACACGUAAAUAGAAAUUUCAUUUCACCUGUUUUAACAUUCGCCUGAAUUCUUUCUGAAAACAACAAAACAAAAAAAGACAACAACAAAAAAAAAAACCACACACAUUUAGAUCUGCAUCAGUGAUAGUUUAACUAUUGUCGAU